GACGAGCCAAUCCACACUCUUGCGGUCUCCCCGAGCGGAAUGGGGCGCUCGGCAGCGGAACAGUUCUCGGACCUGGCAAAACUAUUAUUCCGGCGGCGUACCCCGUCCCAAAAUCCCAGGCUCCAGUGACGCUGCAUCGACGUCGGUUUUGGCAUGGACUUCUGGAACACCACACGCCGUAUCCGAGUCUGAAACGACUGACGCCCACGUGAGUAGCGUUUCACUCACCUCUACCCUCCUGAGCCACUCAUGCAAUGAAGUCACGCGUCGCACGCAUCGGGCCUGGCCAGCUGCUGUUCGGCCACACUGCCAGAAGCCGCACAGUACAGCCAGCAUCACCCUUCCUGCGCAACUUCUUCACCUCCACCCCACCCACGGCCCGCCUGCGCUCCGUCAAUGAGACCAUCGAGCGAAGCGCCCUCUCCCUCUUCCGCUGCCAGCGCCUCGCUCUCGCCCGCCGCUUCCGCUCCCUUCGCCUCAAGAGUGACAGGCCCAAUGCCCAGUCGCACAACCCCACACCCCACUUAGGUAGCCCAGAACCAGCUCCUUCUGUAUCGCAGCGCCUCAAGAAGCUCUCUCGUGAGUAUGGCUGGACCGCGCUUGCCGUAUAUCUGGGCCUGUCCCUGCUCGACUUUCCCUUCUGCUUCUUAGCAGUGCGUCUACUUGGAACCGAUAGAAUUGGCCACUAUGAGCAUGUGCUGAAGGAUGCGCUCUGGAGCGUGGUGCGCCUAGCUUUUCCCAACGCGGGUAGAAAGUCAGCCGAAGCAAGUGCAGAUGAAGGCGUUGCAGAAGCCACUGACAGAGACGGUUAUGUGGAAGCUGGAAGGGCUGCGGGACACAAUGGUGGCGCAGACGCUUCAAUCUGGACCCAACUUGGUCUAGCCUACCUUGUUCACAAGUCUCUAAUCUUCUUCCGUGUGCCACUGACUGCCGCCGUGCUGCCCAAGGUCGUAAAAACCCUGAGGAGCUGGGGGUAUAAUAUUGGCACGAGGAAGCCUAGAUCCCCACCCGCCUAAAUGUCAGAAUCGGCCAAGUGUCGAUAGUUGCCUGACAACCGCAAUGUCGACAAGGGGCUAUAUGAGAGUCCUAACUUGUAAAAUUUAAUGUAUUCACGACUCUGUAACAACACACAUAUAUACAUGUAGGAUAUGGAUAUAAGACAAGCACCCUUUCUAUGUUCUGCCUCA